UCGGAAAUAAAAGUUGAUGAACGGACAAAUCAAGUUCCUAUUGAAUCUUUGUGUCCAAAAUUCGAUGAUACUGAAGAAAUUAUUGAAACGAGCAGAUAUGAAGGAUCACUUACUGAUUUUGAAGAAUUAGCUUUGAAUAGUACUGAGCCUUCGACCACAUCAUCUAAGACUUGUAAUAACGUGAAUGGUAUGAAACUAUGUAAUAAAUCAGAAGUUCAGAACGACGUCUCGCAGCACAUAUCAGUAUAUUCAACUAUUUCACAAAGACCUUCGGACAUCGCAAUUACUGAAGCUGAACAAUUGUUUUCACUAAUUAAUAGCCAGAAAGAUAAAAUUGAUAACAUUUUGGAUUCACAUACUGUAUACGCAGUGGGAACCAAAUUUCAGAGCGAUUAUUACAUGCAUUAUAUCGCUUAUUGGGUUGCAAAUCCUCUCAUGGAAUCAGUUAUGAAAAAAAUUUGGGGUUUGUUUAAUCAUGAAUUUGAAGUCGUAUACCAUUUAGUAAAGGCCAAUGAUAAUGAUGGAGACCCAAACAAUGCAUCAAAUGUGAGUGGUAAUAUUAGUG